AUGGCCGACGCUUCCUGCAGCGGCUCUACGCCGUUCAAGGGCCUCGUUGACCAUGGCGCUCAAGAUCGAAGCCUGCACCGAGAUCGGUUUUCCAGUGCUCCUAGUCCCCAGCAAGGAUUUCGAUCUACAACUCAAGCCUUUUCGGCGCCGGCUCAAGCAGGCUUUGGCGAAUUCCUUGACUCCAACGGAACUGGACAAGUCAGCCUCAACACUCCCCAAACCCACAGCUCGCCCAUAUCAAGCUUUCCUCGAGGACUACAAACAUUCCACACACCAGCGGCUCCUGACAGUCGAAUCUUUUCUCCCAGCCCCUACCAAUCUGCGUCACAGAUUCCGACAGCUUCUCGGCAAGAUGGGUCUAUCACAUCGUCACCGAGAGCAUCGAGUUGGGCGCAAGAUUUUGCAACUUUCUCUAGGGCGCCGCCAGGUGCUGGAAGUCACAUAACAGGUUUUCCUUCUUCGCAAUAUCGAGCGCCUGCAGCCGGGCUGACGCAGAAUGCGAUGGGGUCGCAUUCAAGACCUUGGUUGUUCGGGCCUCAAGGCGGUUCUGCAGCCGGUAUAAAUCACGGAGCUACAAGCACCGAAGCUGAUUUUGAUCUUGAGAUGAAUCGGUGGAUGGCGGCCAACGGUGACGGGCAGAUGGAGGAUCUGGACACCGUCAUGGAACAGCUUGCGCGGGAACUGGAGCAAGAGCAACAAACGGAAGACGCCACACAAUCAUCCAGGGGUACCAUCGGCGGCUUUGUGGAUACUGCCACAACCUCUACAUCAGAUGUUUCUGAGCAAGGUGAAGCACAAAGGAUACAAGCAUUCGCUGCCACGGCUUCAACAACACAACAAGUAUCCGGCGCACCCUCGGUACUUGAGACUGGUGCCGUCAAUGUACCAACAAAAGCGAGUUUUUCGGACCACAUGCCCGACUUGGAACGCCUAGGCCUCGACGAAGCAGAUCAAACACCUGCAGAACACGGCCAGUCAACUUCGGAUAUUUCGGAGGCAGCGAGACAGAUCCUCGACUCGGUUCAACAUGAACAAGGAGACAAAUGGAAAAAUUCUCGGUUCUUGUCACUCAUGAAGGACUUCAGGGAUGGGCAUAAAGACAUCAUCAACAACGAAAUUCUCGAAACUAGUGUUGGCGGCGAGCGAAUGGGUGGGAACUGA